GCGCGCAGUUUGAAGAUGGCGGCGGCGGCGGCGGCCGGCGAUGGGUCCUGGGGUUGCUCGGCUCCGUUGGCUCCGCCGGAGGCCGUGGCCGCCGACUGGAUGCUGGAGUUCGCCUGCUCCUGCCUGUGCCGGCACUUCGGGGACAGGAUCGGGGCGGAGUUCUGGCGGUGGAGCGACGUGGCGCAGUCUCUUAUCAACGGCUUUUUCAAAAUACCAACACAUCAGAAAAAAAGGGUUUAUGUCUGUCAGCUUUUGAUAAGAAUUGCAAAAGGAAAAAACUUUGAAUUACAGUUUGAAAAUGGUAAAAAAAUUUCACCUUUGGAAUCUGCUCUGUCUUUCUGGACUUUACUUGAAAAGGAAGAAACUAAACUGGAAAAGCUUCAUGAAGAUAUUCGUCACUUGAUUCAAAUUCAGAUUGUAGCAGGUCAUAUAGAGCAUGGAUAUUUUAAGGAAGCUACCAAUGUUCUUGAAAGGCUGUUUACAGACUCUGAAUCAGAUAAGCCUUUAAGGGUGAAGCUGGCGACCGUAAUUAAAAACAAGGAUCCAUAUGUUCCUCUUCUCCAGAGCUUCAGUUACGGUCUUUUAAUAAGUAAAAUCAAGUCCUACAUUGAACUUUUCAGGAAAGAAAAUGAAACUAACUUCUUAAUACAGGAAGCCACAAAAUAUGCAGAGUCUAAAGGAUUGGAAGCAACAGCAUUGCAAAACCAAUCUGUGAAUGUCAGUGAAAAUGACACAAGUAAUUUGGACACAAAGCAAAGAUCGGUGAAAGAGCAACAGUAUAUCACAAAUCAGUCCCCUGGAAGGCCUUAUUCAGGGCAGAAACACACAGGGAGCAGAGUUCUUCAGAGUCUGAACAACUUGCAUAAUGUGGAAAACCAUGGAGUUUCAGCUGGUGGCCGAAGAAGACAGCGAUGGACUUACAACGAAGACUUGGAACUGAAAUCAGGAGUAAGGACAUUUGGAGUGGGUAACUGGGCUAAAAUUCUGGCCCAUGGUGACUUCAACAACCGAACAAGUGUCAUGUUAAAAGACCGGUGGAGAACAUUGUGCAGGACUGACCUAGCCUAG